AUGUGUAAAAGGGAGAUUCUUCGAGAUACUCUACGAAGAGUUUAUACCGCGAGCUCGGCAGAGCAGCAGGGUUUUUCCUGGAAACCAAAGUUAGAUUGCCGAUCUGGAAUAAGUGGAAAACGACUGGUACCGCCCCCGUUCAGAAGUGGGACUUUUAGGACCAUAAUUUCAUCAAAGGGAACGUACCCAUGUUUCUCUCGGACUUGCCUUUUUCGGUCUUUUUCAUCUUACAUCUCCUCAGCUGCGUGUCCAAGCGAUUUCAAGGAAAGAAAGAACGCGUCGCUUUCUCAAUGGAACAUUAAGACUCCUAGCGACCCCGGAUGGUUGUUUAGGCUUCCUGACCAACAGCUCUCUGCGCCCUGUGGGGCAACUUCUUCAUUCCGGUAUUUUGUUUCCAAAGCUCACGAGAACUACCCUCCGUCGGAAUGUCUCCAGGAUCAACUGCACAGGGAAUCUCUGGAAGACCCGAUAGGUUUUUGGAGGCAGCAGGCUGCAAGUGUUCGCUGGUUCAAGCCAUUCUCGGCAGUUCUCGAUUCAUCUGAUGCUCCGAUCUACCGGUGGUUUCCAGGAGGUCACGUCAACGCCUGCUACGAAGCUGUCGAUUCGCAUGUCCACAAUGGACGAGCUGGUGCCUAUGCGAUUAUCUAUGACUCCCCCUCUACGGGAUCAAAGGAGAAAAUCACGUAUGGAGAACUCCUGGAGAGGGUCAGCGCCCUUGCUGACGCCCUGCGAAAGGCAGGAGUUCAUGAAGGUGAUCGGGUUCUGAUCUAUAUGCCAGUGGUACCGGAAGCAGCUAUUUCCAUGCUUGCCUGCGCACGCAUCGGCGCCGUGCAUGCCGUUACUUUCGGAGGAUUUGGAACCCAGGAGCUCUCUACCCGCAUUGAUCAUGCAAAACCGAAAGCGAUAAUAGCGGCUUCAUGUGGCAUUGAACCCCGGCGGAUCGUACCUUACAAGGAGGGUCUUGAACAUGCCUUGCAGCUGUCAUCUCACAAACCAGAGUUCAAGGUUAUUCUCCAGAGAUCUCAGCAUGAAUGUACAUUGGAGAGCAGUGAUAUUGACUGGGACUGUUUCAUCAAAAGCGGGUCUGGCCAGUGUGAUAUCCUUCCAGUUGAUUCUAAUCAUCCUCUAUAUCUUCUAUACACAUCCGGUACCACUGGGGACCCAAAAGGUAUUGUCCGCGAUCACGCUGGCCAGUGUGUUUCAAGUCACUAUACUGCCUCAGCAAUUUAUGGAAUCAGACCCGGGAAUACCGUUUUCUGUGCGUCGGACCUUGGCUGGGUUCUUGGUCACUCCAUAAUGGUUUAUGGAACAUUGAUUGGCGGUGGAACAUCUGUCAUGUACGAAGGAAAACCGGUCAUGGCAAAGGAUGCGGGUGCCUUUUGGAGAAUAUCGAGCGAGUACGGCGUUUCAAAAAUCUUUACCGCACCGUCUGCACUCCGAAAUAUAAGGGUUGCAGAUCCACACGGGGAGAGAUUGAGAGCCUACGAUCUGUCGCGGCUGCGGACUGUUUACCUGGUCGGCGAGCGAACAGACCACGCCACGUUUCGCUGGUUUACAAACGCCCUUGAAGACACAUUUGCCACGGCAUAUCCUAGCCGUACUCCACCUCUUGUAAUUGACCACUGGUGGCAGUCUGAAACUGGUUGGCCAAUGACCUGCCUUAUGGCUGGCCAGCCGUUCAGCGAAGAUGACUACACUCCCCUCAGGGAAGGCUCCUGCGGAAAACCUUGCCCCGGUUGGGAUCUCCGAAUCCUGGACAACGACGGCGAAGAAGUGGAAGAUGAGAUGACCGGGCAUAUCGCUGUGAAGUUGCCAAUGCCUCCCGGAUCACUCAAGAGUCUUUAUCAGAACGACAACAGGUAUAUCAGCACAUAUCUGUCGCGUUUUCCAGGAUAUUACGAUACAGGAGACAGUGGACAUUUUGAUGAUGACGGGUACCUGCAUAUCGAAGGCAGAACUGAUGAUGUCAUCAACGUAUCCGCCCAUCGUAUUUCCGGUUUGUCAAUCGAGGAGGUCCUCACCAAACAUCCAGAAGUUGCCAGUGCUGCAGUUGUUGGCGUCACCGACGCCAUGAAAGGUCAUGUUCCUGUUGCUGUGGUUAUUCUCCGUCCACAAUCGCCUCGUCAAAGUAAGGAUGAACAGCAACAAAGAAGGAACAAAGUCAUCGAAGAGUUAGUUCACAAUGUCCGCCAGCGUAUUGGCCCGUUUGCAUGCUUCAGAACAUGUGUCAUAGUAGAGAAGCUACCACACACCAGGUCAGGAAAGACACUACGAAAAACCAUAACACUAAUUCUCGAAGGGCAUCGGUACUCUGUACCCCCUACGAUCGACGAUCCAUCUGCUCUCUCAGAGCUCAAGCAAGCUGUGAAGGAACAACUAGGUGUUGAAGAGAGGUCAGUUGGACAGAAUCACUGCAUGUGGAGGAAUGGAUAUCCUGUAACUGUAAAGGACGUCGAAGAUAAGUAA